AUGCCGCGGCGAGCGAUCGAGGUCCGGGCCGACGGCGCGGCGCCCAAGUGGUGCAUGUCGCUGCUGGAGAACACCUUCACGGCGUUCCUCAAGUCCCCCGGCGCCGACGCCGACGCCAAGGCCGUGUUCGCCGAGGGGUCCCUGUUCAGCCCCUACCUCUUCGGCAAGUUCUUCGACCCGGCCGACGCGUUCCCCAUGUGGGAGUUCGAGUCGGACGUGCUGCUCGCCGCGCUCCGCCGCGGCGCCAGGACCACCGUCGACUGGGCCGAGAACGACUGCGAGUACUGCCUCAGAGCCGACAUACCAGGUGGAAGAAAGUGCGACGUGGAGGUAAGCGGCGACGGCGCAAAGGUGGUGGACGUGAGCGGGCUAUGGCGGGCGCCGCCGGCGGACGGCCGGGACUGGCGCGCCGGCCGGUGGUGGGAGCACGGCUUCGUGCGGCGCGUGGAGCUGCCGGAGGACGCCGACGGGGGCAGGGUGGAGGCCUACUUCGACGACGGUGCUGGGUCGCUGGAGAUCAAGGUCCCCAAGAGGAGCAGCGACGCGCACCAACAAGCCUGA